AUGGCGCCUGGCGGGAAUAAGAAGGGCCAAGAGGGGGAAGAGAAGGGGCUUUUGAGCGCCCUCUUGAUGGCACUGUCGCUCACCAGGUGGCAGCUGCUCACGUUGACUAGCAUGGCACCUGAGGUGGAGAAGGGCCAAGAGGUGGAGAAGGGCCAAGAGGUGGAGAAGGGCCAAGAGGUGGAGAAGGACCAAGAGGUGGAGAAGGGCCAAGAGGUGGAGAAGGACCAAGAGGUGGAGAAGGGCCAAGAGGUGGAGAAGGGCCAAGAGGUGGAGAAGGACCAAGAGGUGGAGAAGGACCAAGAGGUGGAGAAGGGCCAAGAGGUGGAGAAGGGCCAAGAGGUGGAGAAGGGCCAAGAGGUGGAGAAGGGCCAAGAGGUGGAGAAGGGCCAAGAGGUGGAGAAGGACCAAGAGGUGGAGAAGGGCCAAGAGGUGGAGAAGGGCCAAGAGGUGGAGAAGGGCCAAGAGGUGGAGAAGGGCCAAGAGGUGGAGAAGGGCCAAGAGGUGGAGAAGGGCCAAGAGGUGGAGAAGGGCCAAGAGGUGGAGAAGGGCCAAGAGGUGGAGAAGGGCCAAGAGGUGGAGAAGGGCCAAGAGGUGGAGAAGGGCCAAGAGGUGGAGAAGGGCCAAGAGGUGGAGAAGGGCCAAGGUGGGGAGGAUGAAGGCAGUUGCGCGCCCUCUUGUUGGCACCAUCGCUCACCUGGUAGCAGUGGCUGGCGUUGA